CACCUACUCCGUGCCUUACUUAUAGAUUUAUGGAGGCACCGAUAAGCAGCCGCUUCAAGUUAUCAACGACUUGCUGCUGAUUGCGGAUCGCUGCUUUUCCAUGCCCAUGUCCAUGUCCAUGUUCAUGUCCAUGUUCAUGUCCCAGCCCGGUACCAUAUUAUAUGCGUGACAUAGAACACGGCGGGGCGAAAUCCGCAGAAUAACAUCCCGAGUCUCCGUUGCUUCGUCGUCCUUGCGAUGCCUCUGCUGACCAAUCUCCCGCCCGAGAUCGUCUACCAUAUCCUGGGAUACGUUGAUCCACCUGACUUGGCCUGGAUUCCCCGCACCUGCAAGACCCUCUACCAUGCUGUCAGCGCCAACACGCCGUUGUUCAAGCAUGUCUAUCUCAGGCAUCUGGACGCGCCCUCGGGGACGCCCGUCGACUGGGAACGAUCCUUGAAACAGCUCGUUCAGCUGCGCCGCCUAUGUAGCCGCCCCGAUGCUGAUGAUAAGAAAGAUGAGCUUGACUUUGUGCACCGAACCGCCAUCGAACUGCUCAAAAAUGCCUCUGCCGCUUCUGGUGACAGCGUGGAAGCCGGCUUGACGGCCAACUUUUCCCCGUCUCGCAACGCCGACAUCCUGACUGAAAUUUUCAGCGUGGAGUCUAACCAGGACGCCUUUCUGUGCCGGUCUUUCAUCUACGAGCGUGCGCGCGCGGAGUUCCAUGCCCGAGACAUCAGAUAUUGGCAUGGACCGCCCAAGCCGGAACACCAAAAGAGUGCCCAUCUCCACUGUCUCUACGGCGUGCCUCUGCUGUUCGCCUACCCGUCUGCCCGCCGACGGACGAGACAUAAUCUCAUGCAUCCCUUUGCUUGCUCCAAGGUCUACGAUCUUAGGCAAUACACGGAGCAGAACCAAUGGGGUCCAUUUCUAAACGACGGCAGCAUGCGCGUGGACUGGGAGAAGGUUGAGGCCAUCCUGAUCGUGCUUGGCGACAACAUGACCAACCUUGGCCUCUCGACAAUACGGAUGUGCAAGACCUUCUGCACCAUCCCUUUUGCUGGCACUUGGGCGAACAGCUGGAAGAGCCACCACCUCUCGCCGCCGCCGCCGCACGAGCUGGAACUCCAGGACCGUCUCGACCCCUACGGCAUCACGGGCGUCUGGCUCCGCAUCGUCUGCUUCAUGGACUACACCGAUUUCUUCGCUUACAACUUCGGCUCUGAUGAGCAGCCGCCCCCGCAUGUCCCGCGGCCUUCGAUUGAUGUCGGCCAGGCGACGCGUCUCAUCAUCAUGCGCAUCUUCGUCACGUCCAUCGAGAAACCGGGUCCGGAAGACGGACAAGAAUUGCCCGUAGUACACUUCAAGGGCGUCUCAAGAUCGUUGGAUCAGAGCUUCGACGAGAACGCCGACUCGGAUCUCAGAGGUAUUGUGCGCUUGACACCCGAGGGCGAGGUCCGGUGGACAACUUUCUCCAUAUUCGGCGGUGUCGAACGGUGGCGGAGCGAGAGCGUUCAGGUCGGUGGUGUCAAGAGUGCCAAGGGUGUGUUAGGCCAUUGGUUCGACAAGGACUUCGAUCCACGCGGACCAGCAGGACCCACGGCGUUCUGGAAGAUAUCAGACAAGGAGCCGUCCGCGCUCAACGAGGCAGGAGAAGCCGAGCUCAUGACACAGGUAGAUGUUCUAGACGGGGAUUACGAGACCGACGAGAACGGCGACGAAGAUGACGUCGAAGACGGCGAGGCACUGCCGGAUGCCCCUUCGCCUUUAUCCGAAGCCCGGGAGCUGUAGAGAUUGCGCAUCAGAUACUUCCCAGACCAUCUUUCGUCGUGAUUUCUUCGCGUUGCUGUAGCUGGAUGUGGAUGGAUGGACUAGAGCGAUAUCGUUGUACCGGAGUGAGGCAAAAAAUGCCUCACCUCAUCGCAUCCAGCCUUGUUGGUCACGUCGUAGGGUUACCUCGACUACGCACUUGUAAUUUCCUUUUUUAGAAUCUCCCGUGGGUUGCGGCACAUCUGGGAUGACCUGCGGUGAUUUUUUACAUUGAGAGCUGGGAGCGCGGCCUGGAAUUGCAGCUAUUUCACAACCCGACAAACCUGUCAUAGCAAUUAAACGUCUUUGAGGUCCGCCGGAGCUCUUCCGUGGCUGGCCUGUAGCUUAUUUACAAUUGGAUCGGUCUUCCUAGCUUCCGAGGUCCGUUGAUAUGUCUGUCCUUCAAUACGACUUAGA